AAAAUAAUAAUGUCGGUAAAAGUACAAAUUUGUAGACGUUUAAAGGAUUUAACACGUGAUGAUUUAGAAAAACUUACCAAAACUGAAUUAGUCGACAAAGUUAUACAGCUGCAGUCAUAUAACAGACAGUUAAAGAAUAUUUUGCAUAAAAAAUUAAAUGAAAGUGAUAAUGAUGACAUGAUAAAACUAACUGAAAGCGGUGAACUAUCAAAAGAUGGUGGCACUGAGGGCAUAGAAAGCACUGAAACGAUGACGACCAUUGAACCAAACCAGGAGAAAUCGUUAUCGAGAAAAUUUGAUUUUAGCAAGACUUUUAAGCGCCACGUUUUAUUAAAGCUUCUCUAUUUUGGUUGGAAUUAUCAGGGGUUUGCUUGCCAGGAAGAUUCUAACAAUACCAUUGAAUUCCAUCUCUUUAAGGCGUUAACGCGCACUUGCUUAAUUGAGUCGCGAUCUUCAGCCAAUUAUCAUCGAUGCGGCCGCACUGAUAAAGAAGUUAGCGCAUUUUGUCAAGUUAUAUCCAUUGAUCUGCGCAGUAAAUUCCCGGAGGAACACCAAUUUGAGGAGUGUUACCUUGAAAAGGAAUUUGAUUAUUGCGGCAUAAUGAAUCGAGUUUUGCCUAAAAAUAUUCGAUGCAUUUCCUGGAUGCCAAUACGGAAUUAUUUGUUCAGUGCCCGUUUUGAUUGCGUAACGAGGACGUAUCGUUAUUUCUUCCCUAAAGGGAAUUUAAAUAUUUCAGCGAUGCAAGACGCUUGCAAACUAUUGCAACGUCAUACUGAUUUCCGUAAUUUAUGUAAAAUGGAUGUACACAACGGUGUAACGAAUUAUGUACGGCACAUAGAAGCAGCGAACGUUCGCUUAUGUCCCCAUGAAAAUGAAAGCAAAAAUAAAGGUUAUGCUAUGCAUUAUUUGGAAAUCAGAGCUAAUGCUUUUCUUUGGCAUCAAAUUAGGUGUAUAAUGGCAGUUCUUUUACUAGUGGGUCAGGAAAAGGAAGAACCAUCUGUUAUUAACGAAUUGCUGAACGUAGAGAAGAAUCCUUGUAAGCCUCAAUAUACUCCAGCCGUGGGGUUUCCUUUAAACCUCUAUCAUUGUGAGUUUCGGGAUAAGUCUGAACAAAAAGCAAUGAAUGAAUCCCGACAAGACAUAAAAGACAUACGCGAUCUUACUAAAUGGCUUCAUAGUGAAAAUAAUUUACGUAGACUGAUAGAAAAUCUACAAAGCGAAUGGUCUCGGGCACAGAUAAAAGCUACCAUGAUACGAUCGACUUUGUAUGAUUUGGAACAACUACUGGAAAAUCAGUUUAAUGCUAUCGAUGUCAAUUUUCAGAUUUCGCUUCUGCAGGAGGAUGUUAAAUGUAGAAGCUAUCAAAAGUUAAUGAACCGUAAAAGAUGUGAAAGCUUGAACAAUCGCAUAGAACACUUUGUUAAAAAGCAGCGUCUAACAGUACCGAAGCAGAAGGACAGCGUAGAGGUGCAAGAGUUCAGCAUGCCGUAAACCUUUCUGUAAGAAAACAACAAGCGCACCCUUUACGAGACGGUUCGUUUAAGCAUACUUACUUUGCAUGUAUUAUAAGAUUAACGCAAAUUUAUAAAAUUUC